AUGGACCCAACCUACUCCGACGGCAACUCUGCCGAAAAAGACUCCGGCGUCAAUGAAAAGACAACCACCGUCCCCCAAGUAAACAGCAUAUACGACUCUGAGCGUGGCUCCGUCGUAGACGUCAAGGUCGACGUCCACACAAACAUCAAAGAUGGUCUCCAGCGCCAGAUGCACCAGCGCCAUGUCCAGAUGAUUGCCCUCGCCGGCACCCUCGGCACCGGUCUCUUCCUCUCCAGUGGAAAGGCAAUCAUCCACGCCGGGCCCGCUGGUGCUCUCAUCGCUUAUAUCCUUGUUGGUACCGUUGUCUGGUCCAUGAUCCAGAGUCUUGCCGAAAUGAUGUGCUACGCGCCCAUCGCCGGUGGAUACAUCCACUACGCCGAGCGCUUCCUCCACCCCUCCGCCGGCUUCGCCCUCGGCUGGAUGCAGUGGUACUCCGCCGUCAUCUCCCUCCCGACCGAAAUCAUCUCCGCCGCCGUCAUCAUCGGCUUCUGGGACACCGACCCCAUCAGCGGCGACAUCCCGCGCUCCCACAUGAUCGGCUACAUCACCGCCUUGCUCAUCCUCUGCUCCGCCAUCAACUACUUUGGCGCCAGAUGGUUCGGCGAGGCGGAGUUUGUCUUUGCCAUCAUCAAGAUCUUGCUCAUCAUGGGCUUGAUCAUCGCCGGUCUCGUCGUCGACCUCGGCGGCGGUCCUGAUCAUGACAGAAUCGGUUUCAGAUACUGGAAAAACCCCGGAGCAUUCGCCGCAUAUCCCGUCGAAGGCAGCGUCGGCAAAUUCACCGGUUGGUUCACGUCCUUGCUGCAGGCCGCCUUCUCGUUCGGAGGUGUCGAGACCCUUGCCAUGACCGCCGCCGAAGUGCAGAACCCGCGCGCAAACAUGAAGAAAGCCGCGCGCCUGCUCUUCUACCGUAUCCUCUUCUUUUACGUCUGCGGAAUCCUCAUCGUCGGCAUGCUCGUGCCUUCCAACGACCCCCAUCUGCUCAACUCGACCGGAAACGGCGCCGCCUCGUCUCCCUUCGUCAUCGCCUUCAACCGCGCCGGCAUCAAGGUCCUCCCGAGCAUCAUCAACGCCGGUAUCCUGACCUCCGCCUUCUCCGCCGCCGACUCGGUCCUCUACUCUGCCUCGCGCAUGCUGUACGGUCUCUCUCUGCGCGGCCAGGCCCCCCGCAUCUUCUCCACGACGCUCAAGAACGGCCUUCCCAUCGCCUCGCUCGUGCUCUCGACCCUCUUCAUCCUGCUCGCGUACAUGACCCUCUCCGACGGCGCCCAGACCGUGCUCAACUGGCUCUCGAACCUGACCUCGAUCGCGACCUUCAUCUGCUGGGGCACCAUCUGCAUAACCUUUUUGCGCUACAAGGCCGGCUGCGAAGCGCACGGCAUCGACCGCAAGACCUCGUUCUUCUACAACAAGUGGCAGCCCUGGCCCGCGUACUGGGCCAUCUUCUGGUGCAUCAUCAACGUGCUCUUCAACGGCUACCAGGUCUUCAUCCACGGCAUGUGGAGCACCUCCGACUUCAUCAUCGCGUACAUCAACAUCCCGAUCGUCGCGGCCUUGUUCCUCGGCCACUGGCUCUGGACCGGCCGCAAGAAAUUCCCGAAGGGCAGCGAGAUCGAUAUGUACUCCAACAUCCCUGGGCCUGAGAUCGACUUUGAUCCGAACCCGCCAACCACAAAGAUCGCCAAGUUCUUCAGAUGGCUGCUUUAA